AUGAGCAGUGAUGGUAGCUUCAACGCAACGAGUUUGAGUCUGUCUGAAAAUCAUGUCCAUAUCCAAAUGAACGCUCAUGACUUCUAUCUGACUUCACCAAGUUCUUUGGACCGUAGUUUUGGUAAUAGUCUUCCUAACUUGAAGUUUGGUAACGUACCAGUUAUUAGAGUUUAUGGAGCCCUUCCAACUGGUCACCGCAUUCUGUGUCAUAUUCAUGGCGUUUUGCCAUAUAUCAUCAUAGAUUAUGAUGGAGACGACGAGGAUAGCAUAGAGACGAUUAAAACUCGAUGUUCGCAAUUGCAUCAAUAUGUGGAAACUCGACUAGCAGAAGCGACAGUUAACAAAAAGACCAAGAAACGCAAAACUGAUAGAAACUCAGGAGAUUCAGGUGAUGUUGCCAAGGACGAAAAUCCAGAUAAAAGUGGUAUCGAUUUUUUAAGAUUCAUCGCUGACGUUUGUGUCGUCAAAGGCGUUCCAUUUUAUGGGUAUCAUUGCGGCUGGAGAGCUUUCUAUAAAAUUACUAUGCUGAAUCCUGCUUAUACUACAAAGCUUUCUGAUCUUUUGCGGCAGGGCAAAUUCGAUGGAUUAAAGAGGAAAACUUAUGAAUCGCACUUACCUUUUCUACUUCAAUUUUCUACCGACUACAAUCUUUACGGUUGUUCAUGGCUGAAAGCUACCAAUUGUUAUUUUCGUACACCAGUUUUGAACGAGGAGAACUCGGUCAAUGUGCUCUACGAGACAGAGGACCUGACGAGAUUUCUGAAUAGAUUCAACAAAGGCGGCGAAAAUUGUCUCGACCGGUCUUUUAAGAGAAUGGGCCAUAGUCUGCUCGAAAUAGAUAUUUUGGCGCAGCACAUUGAUAACAGAAGAAGCCUUGAGUAUCGUGAUCUUCACAACACUCUUUUCGAAGGAAGCUUGACUGAUAACGGCAAGACUCUUUUUAUAUCUUCGACUAAAGAACUUUGGAAUCAAAUCGAAGCUCUCCGCCAACAAUUCGGCUUGGAUCCCUGGUCUGAACCUCAGGAACUCAAGCGAACCAUUGACGAGCACAUCUGGCAGAACGAUAGGGAACUCCAACAAUUUUUAAAGAAAGCAGAGAAAAGAACUGCGACUAAGAGUCCAGGAAUAGCCAAUCCUGACAAGACGGCUCUGCCGUUAUUCAACUUUGCAACAACCCCGAGUGAUGCGCUCCUGAAUUUGCAGCCGGAACCACUCACUUUUUUAGAAAAAGCCGAUUUUGGUGCUGGCACAACUAUCUUUCCUAGGCAGACAACUGCUCUCAAAGAAAUGUCAGUUGAGCCGGAAAAUUCCGAAGGCUCUGAUGAGGGCGAAAGCGAAGUCGGCGAAGCCGACGAAGCCGGAGUCAAGGAAAUCGUGACAAGCUCACCCUCAGAAUCGGAACAGCCGCUCAAGUUAAUUGAUGAUGAGACCUUGACCCAAAAUUUGCUGAAAAGGAAGAGUCAGGCUCUAAACGCGAACGAAAUUGCAAAUCACGGACCUUCAAAACGGAGUAAAAUCAUUUUGUCGAGCUCAGAAAGCAUACCGCAGCCACCGAACUCAUGGAAGUACUAUCCUUGUUCAGUUAUGUUUGACACCAUUUUGAAUGAUUUAGAGUCAUGCGGUUUACCAAAGAUCCGCUAUCAGGGGCCUUUUUUUUCAAAUCCUUUGGAUCUUAAAAGGAAAGAAUAUGUUUACUCGGGUCGACACUUCAGCCUCACUUCCCCGCAUUUGUCGUGUCGCAAGGCACUUAGUCUUGAAGACCCUUAUGAACGAAACGAAAGACAGGGUCUUUCCACCUUCUGGAGAUAUUUGCCACCUCCUCCCACCUUUAAUUUUAUCUCUCAGGCAGAAAAGGUUUCGGAAGGGAAAGGGUACAAUCAUCGUUCGCAGAUUGAUUACAAGAACUCAAGCAAUGAAUUUGGGUACAAGUAUAAAAGUAAUGACUCAUUGAAGAAACUGAGCCAUGGAGAUCAUGAACCGCUAUCUCACUUGUGUGCCGAGGUGCAUGUAAAUACCAGAGGUCCACUUAUACCAGAUCCUAAGUAUGACGCCAUUCAGAUGAUUUUCUGGAGGGUUGAAGAGGGUUCAUUUACGAUAGAUAUCGGUUUAGCAGAAGAAGGCGUAUUCGUGCUCUGUCCGGACGACGGGAAUACCUUAUUGAUGACCCGAAUAGAACAGGCAGCUGGCAAGGUGCCCGUCGCAUUCUACAAUUCUGAAUACGACUUGCUCGAUGCCUUUGCGAACCUCGUCCUUCUUCUAGAUCCUGAUAUUCUUUCGGGCUACGAGGUAAAUUCUGGUUCUUGGGGGUAUAUUAUUGAGCGCUUUGAAUGUGCCUUUGGGCUAGAUUUCACGGAAGAAAUCUCUAGACUCAAAAUGAGUGAUACCAAGAGAAGGACCGACAGGUACGGUAGAACACAUACUUCGGGUGUAACAGUACCAGGAAGGCAUAUUUUGAACAUUUGGCGUAUGAUGAGGUCCUCCGUAAAUGUUUUGAAAUAUACUUUAGAAAAUCUUGCUUUUCAUGUACUCCAUGAGCGCCUGCCACACUUUUCCUUUAAGGAUUUAAGUGCUUUGUGGAAAUCUGCUGAUGAUAUAACUUCUUUGGUAACUGUCAUCAGUUAUUGGAGAAAGAGGGUUGAGGUUGACCUCAGACUUUUGCAGAAUCAGCAAACUAUUCCCCAAACAGUAGAGCAAGCUCGGCUUCUUGGGAUAGAUUUCUAUUCUGUCUUCUACCGUGGCUCCCAGUUUAAGGUCGAAUCAGUCUUGGCGAGGUUAUGCAAGUCCGAACAUUUCUUGUUGAGCUCUCCCAGUAAGUGGGACGUUCGCAACCAAAAGGCCCUCGAAUGUAUCCCAAUGGUAAUGGAACCUGAAUCUGCAUUCUAUAAAAGCCCAUUGGUGGUCUUGGACUUCCAAUCAUUGUACCCCUCGAUCAUGAUUGCUUACAAUUACUGUUAUUCGACCAUUCUUGGUAGAGUUCACGACCUCAGACUUCAUCGAAAUGAAGUUGGCACCGUCAAACUAGAUUGUCCUCCUAACUUUCUGUCAAAAAUGGAGAAAAGCAUACGGGUGUCACCGAAUGGCUCAAUCUUUGUAAAGAGCGAUGUCAGAAGAUCGAUGCUGUCCAAAAUGCUAAAUGAUAUAUUGGACACUAGAUUUUUGGUGAAGUCAACGAUGAGUGAUCUUAAAGGUAAGAACGAUACUAUUUCAAAACUUUUAAACAAUAAACAAGUGGCCUUGAAGCUCCUCGCCAAUGUUACUUACGGUUAUACGUCUGCUUCUUUUUCCGGGCGCAUGCCCUGCUCGGACAUAGCGGAUAGUAUAGUACAAACUGGGAGAGAAACUCUAGAUAAAGCAAUAAGCUUGAUUGAAAAGAAUGUUAAGUGGGGAGCGAAGGUGGUCUAUGGCGACACUGACAGUUUAUUUGUUUAUUUUCCCGGGAAGUCCAGAGAUGAGGCGUUCGAGUUUGGUAGGGAAAUGGCUGCGGCGGUCACAAGUGCCAAUCCUCAACCUAUAAAGCUGCAAUUUGAAAAAGUAUAUCAUCCGUGCGUUUUGGUGAGUAAAAAAAGAUACGUUGGUUACUCGUAUGAAAAGGAAGCUCAAAAGGUACCGUUUUUUGACGCUAAGGGCAUUGAAACUGUGAGAAGAGAUGGACAUCCCGCACAGCAAAAAAUUGUUGAAAAAUGUCUCAGAAUUUUAUUUGACACCAAGGACCUUUCUUUGGUUAAAGCCUAUCUUCAGGAGCAGUUUACCAAAAUCAUGAAAGGCGAAGUCUCCGUUCAAGACUUUUGUUUUGCAAAAGAAGUUAAGCUGGGAAGCUACAAGAGUGAAAAGACUCAGCCAGCAGGAGCUUUAGUGGCAACCAAAAAGAUGAAGGAUGACCGCCGGGCUGAGCCGCAAUACAAAGAAAGAGUUUCUUAUGUCGUGAUCAAGGGAAGGUCUGGUCAAAUCUUGCGCGAAAGAUGCAUUCCGCCCGACAAGUAUCUUGCUAAUGAGGAUUUAGAGCUUGACUCUACUUACUACAUUACCAAAACGCUCAUACCUCCACUUCAGCGCUUUUUCAAUCUCAUGGGAGUCGACAUACAGGAAUGGUAUAACGAACUAUCCAGAGUACAAGGUUUCAUACAAAACAAAUCAAAAGAAAAUCAGCUUCCCAAAUUUAUGAAACUCACGUCCUGUGUAAAUUGUCGCCAACGCCUGCAAGAAAACCGUUCACCUCUUCUGUGCGACGAUUGUUUAGCCAAUAAGCGGGAAGCCAUCUCAAUGCUACUCCAUACCAAAUUCUCUAACCAAACAAAACUGAAAGACAUAUUAACAGUCUGUCGCUCGUGUUGUGAACCCCUAACGAAAAAUGUCGUAGACAACAUGGAAAAGGUCGUCCUGAAAUGUGAUUCUCAGGAUUGUCCCGUAUAUUAUUCCAAAAUCAAGUAUGAGAACUCCAAUUCUAAUUUCAAAACGCAGCAAAUAAAUGACAUAUUGGAGCUGACCGAUGAGUGGUGA